AUGCCUAAACUAAAAAUAAAACUGAGCAACAAGGACGAGGAAAAGCCCAAGAUCAAGCUCAAGGCGUCUUCGGGCCCUGACGACCUGCUUCCCACGCUCAAGCUGAGCACGACGAAGAAAGUGCCCACAAUUCGGGUCAAGCCCACGAGAAUGCCUGGUGACGGGUACGACUCGGAAGACCCCGACAGAGAGGAUGAUCCGUUGAUCGAAGAGGGUAUCAUAUUGAGAAUGAUACCAGACGAGUCGCUGGACUAUUUGCGCAGAUGUGUCGAGGACGGAGAUAUGAGCGGGAUUACAAUCAAGUGGAAGGACAAGAGACGGGCAAUUCUACGAAUAAAUGGGAUGUUGUACGGGGGCAAGCUUGUUGAGUUGCCGACUGUGGUGGAAGUCCAUAAGUCUGUGGACAAGAAGAACAUAUUCAAGACAAUCGACGUUUGCCAGAUGCUGCUGAUCGUGAAACGCCUCGAGUCUGAAAAAGAUAUCAAGGAUAUAGACGUUGACAUGGAGCAUGGCGAGUCGUAUCCGGACGGGAUCACGCCGCCGCUGGAGAACGCAAAGCAACGAUUCAAGAAGCGCUAUCAGCAGAAAAUCAUGCAGAGUGUCGAAGACAGGGUCCAGGAGCUUCUGGACCUGGACGACGAAGCCGAGUCCAGCACGUAUACGUUUAUCGAUCCAUCGGAGGAGGCCAGCAACUACACCACCCCCGAGCCUAUUGCGUUCAAGAAGAAGAAGCAGAAGGCACCGGAAGCCAAGGCAGUGGAUGAGGUGGACAAACUGAUGGAGGCGAGCGACAACGACGACGAGCUGGACUUGGAGCUGGAGGCCGCAUUUGAGGACGCACCACGGGACGAAGAGGAAGAAGAGAUCAUCGAGGGCGCGUCUGCGGACGAAGAACACGAGUCUUCCGACGAUGACGACGACGACGACGAUGACGAAGAGGAGGAUGAGGAAGACCAGACACGUCCUGUUGGAGAAGAGAUGAACGAGACGCAGCAGCACAACGCCAUUUUACGCGAGGAGAUCAGCGAACUGGAAAGCACCAUCGAGCAGAAAUCCCGGGAUCUGGCGAAGGCCAAUAACCCGAUCAUGCGGAACCGUAUUACUGACGUUAUCGGGCGACUCAAGCAGGAACUUGAGCUCAAACGCAUGCAGAUACAGGAGCAAGAGAGUACGAACGAUCAAAAUAAGGACGAAGACGACGAGGACGAUCAGGAAGACCAGGAGGACCAGGAGGAUAACGAGGAGGCGGAAGAGAACGACGACGACCUAGCAGAUUUAUUCUGA